GAGUAGAGCCUUGGUAGAGUAAGCCCCUGGUGAGCCCCACGGGGUUCAGCGACUUCGUCUUUCGCUCGGCGUUCGGACUCGCCCGAUUGGGCAGGUCGCGUUCACGUGCCACCCCAUCACGUAACCCGCGCGUCGCCACUGGCCCGCUCUCGCUCUCUCUCCCGACCUCUCUCAACCGACUGCCACUCGCGAUAUACCACGCAUAACAAGAUCAUGGCCUCCAAACCAAAGGCAGCGGAAGCAAAGGUACCCGUCCUCAAGGGCCAAGAGGCCGAGGACAAGAUACUCGAAUACAUCAGACGGAUGAACCGACCCUUCGGGGCGGUCGACGUCUCUGCGAACUUGAAGGGCGCCGUACCGAAGACGGCGACGCAGAAGAUCCUUGUCGCCCUUGCGGAGAAGGGUGAGCUCGUGCAGAAGACGUACGGAAAAACGACGUUCUUCGUCGCGAACCAGGACAAGCUGGAGGAGGUAUCCACGGAGAAGCUCGCAGGCCUAGAGAAAGACCACAAGGACAUCGAAGAAGAGAACAAGUUCCUUGCUGCCGAAGUCCGCGCGCUCUCGACUGAGGUAGCGAAGUUGAGAGCCACGCCCACUGACGCAGAGUUGGCUGUCUCCCUUGAGGAGGCCAUUUCCGCGACCGACAAAGCUCGAAAGCGCCUCGCACCGCUGCGGUCUGGCACACUGCUGGUGUCUGCGACGGAACUCGCGCAGCUGGACGCAGACUGGACGCAGUGGCGAGGAGAGUGGGUGCGGCGGAAGAAGAUCUUCACAACGUUCUGGCAGCUCGCGACGGACCCCCUCCCGCCCCAGGAGGCGUCCGAGCUCGCGGACGACUUGGGCAUCGAGCUCGACACCGGCGAGCAUGCGGCCCUCGAGCAUGGCCCGCUCUGCGCGAGUGCAGGCGGAAACGGCGUGCUAGGCAAGCGGCGAAGGUAGGGCGUGCGGCUUCGACUCCACUUCACCGCUCGCCAUGUGCGUGUCUCGCUGCUCUGAUUCUUGCUGUUGUCCACCUCGCUGUGUUUUGUGUGCCGCUGUAUUACUGCUGUGUGUAAGUACGAAUAAGUAUGAACGUGCACCGUAUGCACGCUGUGACACGGCACGAAGACCAUCACGACCGGGUAAGGCUGGGGGCAAAUGGUCUCGCCAAGCCCGUCAGGUCCAGACGCGGCGCGACAGCCAAUCACGGUGGGCGGGUGCCCGCCAAGAGUGGUCGGCGGGCGGCGGGCGGAGUGCGAAAAGAUCACAUGGA